AUGCCACCUAAAGUCGCGAAUGGUACCGCUGGCAGUGAUGCGGCUCGCCAAACCAGACGUGAACUCUACGUCAAGAACCUGAACGACAAGAUCAACAAGACCGAGCUCAAAAGGGCAUUGUACAUGCUUUUCUCGACCUACGGCCCAGUCCUCGAUAUUGUAACGACACGAGUAGGCGCGAAGAGCCAGCAUAUGCGCGGCCAGGCACACAUUGUGUACCGCGAUAUCCAGACAAGCACACAAGCUAUGCGGACACUGCAGGGUUUCGAUUUCUUCGGGAAAGAGCUGGUCAUUGUCUAUGGAAAAGGCCAGUCGAACAUAAUACCUAAGCUGCGAGGCACAUUUGAUGCGGCGCCGGCCGCAGCUACGUCAGAAGUCACGGAAGCACAGAAGUCGAUAUUCAAUGCCCCCCCGUCGGCUAUUCCCAGUAAGCCCGUUGAGAAUGGUGUCAAGGCUGCGGAGGUCGCACCGCAUGGCGUCAAGCGUCCCAGAGAGGAUGAGCCGCCAGAAGAGGAAGACGAUCAGUCUGAUGCACCUAUGGAGGAGGACGACGAUGACGCUCCAAUGCAGGAAGAUUCUGACUCGGAUUGA